UAUUUUUUUCUCUUUCUGAACUUUCGCAAAGCUCAUUUUUGGCAAUGUCAACGCACUGUGCAUGCAAAUAAUUUGAGUGGAAAAUGCCUCAACAAAAAGGAAAAGCACCUACGUACGUGUUAUAUGUCACCCAUAAUAGUAAAUAUUAAGUUUUCGGAAAAGCAAACCCCUCAAACUCAACUUAUUCAACGUUCGCAAUCAGAGACAACGAUCAGGACAACGGUAGAUAGUAAUGAAAAAAACGAAUUAAUGGGAGAGCUUCAAUUGAACCCCCUAAAAAUGUACCCAAAAUACAAAAAAGUCAGUCAACACUACUUUCAAUGAGAAAAAUUAUCGAUUCUUUGAAGCCAGGGGAGCAAGCAGAAUACGAGAGAAUGCAGCAGGAUGUUCACACACAAAUAAUUAAUUCAGAUGUAUUAGGACUUCAAUGUGACGGUUGGAGUAAUAGAAGAAAUGAACCAUUCGUCAACUUCGUUCUUUUUAAUGUUGGUAAACUUCUUCUGUAUAAAACAAUGCCAACAGGAGUAAAUCGUCACACAGGUGAAUAUGUGGCGGAACUAACGUCAGAAGUCAUCGAAGAAGUCGGCCCGAAUAAAACAUUCGCUGUCGUUACUGACAAUAAUGCAGCUAUGAUCAAAGCACGAGAAAUUAUUCAACGGAAAUAUCCUUACAUUGAAGUGUAUAGUUGUGCGGCGUUGUUGUCAAAGAUGUCAACUCAUCUCACGUCGCCUAUAGUUAAAUGGAUAACUAUACUGGAGGGUGACUCGUGUAUUUUAAGUCGAGUUUCGGAAGCGUUUCAAGAAACUGAAACAUGUUUUGAGGCCGUAAUUGCCAACUCGCCAACUUCUGUGGAAGACGAUGAUUCUAUACGACGAAGUUUACAGAAAAACGGCAAAUGACGUUAAGAUCUAUACAAUUUGCAGCAAACAUACUUUAUCCGAAAUGUAACGGAAUGCAUCUUCGUGCUGCAGAACAAGUAAAAGGUAAUUCGAUUAUUAACAAUCGAGUUAAAUACCUCUUUGAUCAAGAAACAGGUGCUGCGUAGAAAGUCAUGACACAGGUUGCGAAUUACCGGGAUAAAAAUGGCAUUUUUUCUCUCGAUUACAUAAGGACCACUGAAAAAACUUUAGACGCUCGAAUCUCGUGGAGAUCAAACUUUUUUAGUUCCAAAAUAGGUACCGUAGCCUUUUAGAUACUGAACAUGCCAGCUACAUGCGCAGCGACAGAGAGAACGUUUAGUAGAGCUGGAAAUGUACAGAAUAUUAAAAGAAACCGAAUGAGGACAAGUCGAGCAGGAAUGUUGACUCACGUUUCUCAUACUCUGAAGCUUGCGUAACGAAAAAAAAGCUCGUAACCAAAAGCGAAUUGAAAUUUCGAACAACGAGUACAAGGAGGAUAUAGCUGAAGAAGAAUCUGACGAAUAGGAUAAUAUUGAGUCUAAUUUUUC